AUGGGACAUCUAGACCACUCUGCUGAUGUGAGAGCUACCAAAUUGGAGGCUUCUGUAAGAUGGAUGAAUGAGGCUGAUAUUCUUGCUGCACUUAACCCCGUCCGAGCUUCUAUUCAUGAUUUUGACGCCAGAUUCUCAACUUGUGAGAGAAGGUGUGGGGAGACCUCCGAGGUUACGACUCUAAAAGCCGAAGUAGAAGAUUUGAGGAAGGACGUAGACUAUCUAAAGUCUACUGACUUCACUUCUUUACUGGAGGCUGAUUAUGAUGUGGAUGCACAUGAGAUUCCUUCGGCUACCACUGGAUAUGUACAUAGGGUUGAUACAAUAGUUUAUGAGACGGAUGCAGAUACCAAUGAAAAGCAAAUUGAGGUGAAGGAGGAUAACAUUGAUGGAGACCUUCCUGACUUAGAGGAGACUAUCUUACAAUAA